UGCCUGACUCCCUGAGGCUGAGCUCGGUGUCCGGAUCGGUAUCAGCGAUGCCGAUUCCUUGUAUCGCGACAAGUCACAUGAAGUCAUGUUGAAGUGGGCCAGAGCCUAGCUAGCUAGAUAGGGAUACAAUCAUUUGCAAGGAGAUAAUUGCAAGAGGAAGUGUUUGUGCAAGAUAACAGAAAGGGCCUCCGAGCCUAGGGUCGCCGUCCAGUUCGAUCGCGGAGUGUUGUUCGCGGCUAGUACCGUUCCGAUGUGGCGACGCUUGUAAUAUCGCUGCAUGGGCCCGCAGUAACCAGGUAACCCAAGAACCGUAAUUCAGUGCUGGUUUUUUUUUACUAACGCCGAGGUGAAAGUUUGUCGUGGAGUAGGCCAGUUACAACUAAACGUGCAGACGUUGGGAAAUGAUUCGUGGCGAUUCCGAUUCAGACAGUAGCUCCCAAGAUGGCAGCGACACGGAACAGUCCGACUCUGGGGAGGAUGAUUUGGAUAAGGUCUUGGCUGGAUAUGAGCAGCAGCAACAGCAGCAGAACUCCAGCGCAAGUCGUCCCGGUACGCUGGAACGCGACGUCACGUUACCGCGCCCAGGCGGCACGUCGUUACUGUGCGCUGGCGACUCGUCGGCCACGCUCGGUGGUGCUGGUGCCGUUGCGUCAUCCAGGCGGCCGAGCAUGAUGGAUGCGGAGGCUGGCCAUGGCCAGAUCUUGGAGCUAUACGUACUGGUGGCCCGCUGCAUUGCGUUUCCAUUCACAGCACAGGCAAGGAAUAGCAUGAGCCGCACGCGACACCUUAAACUGACCGAAACCGAUCUGGUGCAGUACUGUGUGCAGUUCGAGGGCUUCCUCAGAGGCGACAUGCCCAUGAUCGUGUCGGACGAAGCGUUUGACAAAGCAAUCCUCUGCUACUACGACAACUUUCUAGUGAGCAAGCGCUUGCUGAGCUUGGUACGCAGUGGCGGGUGCACGUUUGCCGACCUGCGCAAAGUCUUCCAGAACUACGUAGAGAAGUUUCUGAAGAACCUGCCCUUGAUGGAACGCGUCAAGCACGACCACGUACUUGCUAUCUGGAUGUCAAAGUACGAGGCGAUUUGCCGCGGUAAUCUUGAUAUGGAGACUGCGCGGCGAGAUUCGCUGGCCAUAUUGCGUGAGCGCCAGAGUGUGGAUGAUUCAGUUGCCCCUGACCAUCUGUACAAAGUGUUUCAGCUAAUCCUGGGCAUACCACAACGUGAACACCACCUUCUGUCUAAAGAACUUCAGCUUGACAAUGCAGACGAGCAGGCCACUGUCAUUCGCCGAGAGCUGCGUCACCGUUUGACGUUCCUAGCGCAGUGUGACAUGAAAGAGAUCGGUCUACUGCUAGUGUCCACGGAACCCAACAUGGCGCAGGAGUACCUGGCUGAACAGCAUAGCCACAUCACCAAGCUCAGCAGCACUCUCAACCAGAUGCCCAUCAGCAAAAAGCCAGAAGCUGGAAAGCGGCCUAAGCCGCUCGCCGACGAUGCGAACGACCCGGGCACUGUCAACAAGAGUGAUAUUUCAAUCUCAACUUCUGUUUCACUAACAGUAAGACAAGCUCGUGGAGUAGAGUUCCUGCCACCUGACAAGCCAGUCUUCUGUCUCAUGGAGAUGGAUGGUCACCAGUCUAGGAUGGCAACAGCACAGUACCCAGCCAGCAGACCCAUCUGGGACACAUUUGCAACGUUCCCGACCUCUACGCCAUUGCCACUGGUGCGAAUCAAGCUCAUGGCUGACAGCAAGGGAAUCCUGGAUGCGGACGGCAAGCAAAUUGCGAAGCUUUCACUCCAGCCGACGCUCUGCCAGUCUGACGGAGAUCGCUGGUACAAGAUGACGCCCACGGUAUCUCUACCGGACAAGAACCACCAUGUGGAGGUGCAGGCGUGCGUGUCCAUCGACAAAGCCGACAACGUCAAGAUCAGCGGAUGGCUGUACUGUAUCGGCAAGGACCCCUGGAAGAAGUGGAAGAAACACUAUUUUGUUCUAGUUCAGAUGACAACGUACGCGUUUGCCCUGUGCACAUUCCGUGACAAGCAACAGACCCCGGCGGAAGUGAUGACCAUGACCGGAUGCACGGUGGACUACUGUGGAGAGGACGCUCGGCGUGGAGUCGGAGAAGAGGGGUACACAGAGUUCCAGUUCCAGCUGCUCAUCUCCGACAACGCAGUCAUCUUCUGCAGCUCCAGUCGGAACCAGAUGGAGCAGUGGGUCUAUCAUCUGGCGCGUGCCACCGGACAGGCACAGCGCCCGCAGGCUCCGCAGGGCGGUGGCGCAAAACCGGCUGCAAAGCCUCAGGCAAGGACCACAACCAGUGCAUUGCGUGAGUUGGAGUUGGAUGAACAAGCUCUGACCAGGGACAUCACGUGGUAUGACCAUGGUCAUCUCUACGCAACACUACUUGGCAAGACGCUGGAUCAGCGCUUGAAGGACCCUGCUUCAUCCAUGGGAUGGCUAACGCCAGGGCAGCAGUUUGUGCUGGACGAGUAUCAGGCUCGCUACUGCUUGCGAGGCUUUGUCACCCACCUGGCCAUGAUCAGGACAUUGAUGGAGCAUGCGUCCGCUGGGACCUAUAUAGAUGCCAGUCUCAUGCAGUUCAGCUUCACGUUCUGCCAGGCACAUAUCCAGGGACAGAAGCCGGAUAAUUACAACAGUGUGACGAAGGAGGAACGAGAGGACUUCCUGGAAGUACUGGAGAACCUGGAGGACCUGCUGCGCUUUCAACUUGCACGCCUCAGUCAUAGCUUCCCUUUCUGCCUUCCCGACAGUGGUUUGAAAUCAACACUGCGGUUGUUCGCCCGCGUGGUUUCCACUCGAGAUGGUCGCAACGAUGCGUUGAGCACGGAUUUGGCCAAGGUGGCAUCGGAGGUGUGCGACUGCCUACGCAAGGCCGCUCUCAUCUGCUACACGGAUGUAGUGGAGGAUGUGAAGGCACGCAUGGCGGGCCCGGAGGAAGAAGCCUUUCCUGAAGAAGUAGAUACAAGCACGCUAGAGUUUCUCGUUUGCCUCUCCGAGGAGUGCAUUGAUCAGAUGGGGCAGAGCCAGGUGGAUUAUGCUAAGGCAUUCAGCGAUUACGAAGGUUCCCUUGAUGCCUUCGAGGAGUCGUUUUGGCAGUGUUACGAUGUGGACUUGGAGCUUAUUGUCGAGGGAGCAUCAAUGGAGAAUGGCAAAGUUUUUCAGGUUUUUGAGCAGAUCAACAGCUACCUUCUCAGCCACCUUGUACUACGCGAUGGCAAGUUUCACAAGCAUCUGCUUAGCCUGUUCAUGCCCCUGGUGGCUAAUUACCUGGACUUAAUGUCGGUGGCACUGGAGAAGGAGAUGGUAAUGGGCAUUGCAAGUGAGACGUGGCGACAAGAGCAAACAUCAGCAAAGUGUGCGGAAGAGCUGUUUGUUAAGCUGCGCGGUCUGCACCGCUUCGUGCAGCGCUUGGCCUGGCCCGAGCCACUGUUUGCAGAGCAUCUGGAGAAGAGAGCACAGCGUGCCAUUGCCGACCUGCUGCUUAGUCUGUGUACCCGGACAUACAACUACUUCAAGCAGGUCCUGGCGAGGCAAUCACCGCACGCCGAAGCACUGUACAUUGCGCCGCGCCAGUGCUGGGUGCUGAUCGAUGUCGUAACCGCUUCCAUUGAACAGGCAUCUCUACUCUGUGUCGAUAGAAACAACGAGGAUGACGGCGAACCGCAGCCAGCAUUGGUGGAGUAUGGCGGCAACAUUCGCAUGUCCUUGCUGUCGAUCCAGGAGCAGAUGAUGACUGAUGCUGCUGCACUGCUCAAUUUCACGGUUGAUGAUAUCCUGGUCAAGCUCAGCCUACAUGACCCGGCCAACAUUGUCUUCUCGUUGCUCAACAGGAUUCGCAAGUCUCGUGUGGAUCUGGACGACCUGUCUCUAUCCGUGGAACACAAUCUGCAGGCACUGCAAGAGUGCACGGGGGCUACAUCAGUGGCUGAUAUUGUUAUGACUUGGUAUGACUCCCUGUUGUCGUUGAUUCACGGUUGGCUGGAGAAGCGACCGCAGCGAUCGCUGAAGUUCCCUCAGUUUGAUACGCUGCAGGGUGCUUUGGAGGUUAUAGUGCACCGCUUCGUCAUCUAUUUCAACACGGAGCAAGACGCUCGCACCACGCUUCUGACAGCAGUGGAGGAACGUCUGCGGCUGGAACAAUCGGCACACGAACUGGAAGCAACCGUCAAGUCGAUGUAGUGGUGUAUGCAGCAUCCAUCGUCAUGUUGAGAGGCAGGUAGCCAUGAUGACGGCCAGAUAGGGCCAGCUUGAUUACUGAACACGGAACUAUUGAUAGUUGGAGAGUAUCUCCAAUGUGCUGGCCAAGUCGAUUGCUGAUGUCAUGACUGCUAACUCCGGCUUUGUUCACCGACGCUUGUCUUGAGGGAAUUAUUUGCAAGCUGUCUUUGUUCUUGAAACACGGCUAUGACCGAGGGUGGUCACAUUUUCAUAUUGAGUACUAGUACGUGGAUUCAACAUAGAAAGGUGCAUAAUAUGAUAAGUGCAGGCGUUUAGAUGACAGUAUUAUAAUCUUCAUGCAUGCUACAAUAAAGCAGUCUCGCAUUAAAACAGGCUGGUGGUCUAGAAUAUUAGAGAGUAGCAUGUGUCUCGGCGUAGUACAGUACUAGUAUGCCCCUGUUUGUUGUGCAGUACUGGGUGUGCGUUGAACACAGGCCAGGAAGUAAUUAGUUACAUGGCGUUCUUUUCAAACAAUCAUGCUCUUCUGUUAUGGCUGGCCUUUGCAGUCUGCUACAGUCACAUGCCGGGCAGUCUUUUGCUCCCUUGUAUCCACAUUAUCUGGCCUAUUCUGGAUAUAGCAGCUACAUGUAGUUGUGGUCCUUUCACAAGAACACUUUGAUGGAGCAGUGUGAUCACUUUACAAUACUGGUCACUAGUGAUUCGAACACGUUACAGAACCAUGGCGUAUUGGUAUUUAUCCCGAACUGAUAGCUCUCAA